GGUGUUUCAUUGCCCACGUGGUGCUGGCGGGCAAGAUGGCGGCGGCAGUCAGCCCAACUUCUUUGGAGUCGGCACCGAGGAUCUUCCGCCUGGUGGCCGAGUGCAGCCGCUCCCGGGCUCGGGCAGGCGAGCUGCAGUUGCCGCACGGGCCGGUGGCCACUCCAGUGUUCAUGCCAGUGGGCACGCAGGCCACCAUGAAGGGCAUCACAGCGGAGCAGCUGGACGCGCUGGGCUGCCGCAUCUGCCUGGGCAACACCUACCAUCUGGGUCUGAGGCCGGGCCCCGAGCUGAUUCAGAAGGCCAACGGUCUCCACGGUUUCAUGAAUUGGCCCCACAAUCUGCUGACGGACAGCGGCGGCUUCCAAAUGGUGUCCCUGGUGUCCCUGUCCGAGGUGACGGAAGAGGGCGUCCGCUUCCGCUCUCCCUACGACGGCGACGAGACCCUUCUGAGCCCGGAGAAGUCCGUGGAGAUCCAGAACGCCCUGGGUGAGCAGAUCCCAGCGAGCCGUCCCUUCCCCUCUUUCUCUGAUAGAUGCUCAGACAUCAUCAUGCAGCUGGAUGACGUGGUCAGCAGCACUGUGACGGGGCCACGUGUAGAAGAGGCCAUGUACAGAUCAAUCCGCUGGCUGGACCGGUGCAUCGCAGCCCAUCGGCGUCAGGACAAGCAAAAUCUCUUCGCCAUCAUCCAGGGUGGGCUGGAUGCAGAUCUCCGGGCCACCUGCUUGGAAGAGAUGACCAAGAGGGACGUGCCUGGCUUUGCCAUUGGAGGCCUGAGUGGGGGUGAGAGCAAGAGCCAGUUCUGGAGGAUGGUGGCGCUCAGCACCUCGAGGUUGCCUAAGGACAAGCCCCGAUACCUCAUGGGGGUCGGCUAUGCCACUGAUCUGGUGGUCUGCGUGGCUCUUGGAUGCGAUAUGUUCGACUGUGUUUUCCCCACACGGACAGCGCGCUUUGGCUCUGCCCUGGUGCCCACGGGGAACCUGCAGCUGAAGAAGAAGCAGUUCCAGAAGGACUUCCGCCCCAUAGACCCCGAGUGUACCUGUGCCACCUGCCAGAAGCACAGUCGGGCCUUCCUGCACGCACUACUCCACAGUGACAACACUGCCGCCCUGCACCACCUCACUGUUCACAACAUCGCCUACCAGCUGCGGCUGAUGGGUGCCGUGCGUGCCAGCAUCGUGGAGAAACGCUUUCCUGAAUUCGUGAGGGACUUCAUGGGCACCAUGUAUGGGGACCCUACCCUCUGUCCCACCUGGGCCACUGAAGCCCUGGCUUCUGUGGGAAUCACACUGAGUUGAUUUGGCUUGUGGGGAGGGAGGGAGGGGAUGGAAGAUAUUGAAGGAUUUUGUUUUUUAUUAUAACUUAGAGUGUGUCUGUGCCUUCUUGGGGAGGUGGCCUGCCUUGAUCCCCUUCCUGGUCUGAGUGUCGCUGUGGCUGAUGUCCCUUGCCUCCCAUCGAUGAUGAUAACUAGUAACCAUAGCAACAGUUGGUAUCUGGAAAACAGCUGGCACAGUGUAGCAUCUAGGAAGUGCCCCAGAGUUGGAGCUGCAUUCUUUUUCCUGUGGCUCGGGGCCCCCAGCCACUCUGGGUGUGGGCACUCUUGUCCUCUCCCUUUUCACGAUGAGGAAACAGCAUCAGAGAGGGGAAGUAGCUUUCCCAAGGUCACCACUGAGGAAGUAACAGCCUGGCUCCAGAACUCAUGCCCCUAGCCUUGACUCUUCAAACAUGUGGCUUAACCUUGCUGUCAGUAAGCACAGUGAUAAUGGCAAUAGGUAUGAUCUUAGUAGGUUCUUGCACUGUGCCUGGCCCUGUUCUAAACGGUUGUCCUAUAUAUUUCUUGCAACUUUAUGAUAUGCAUGAAUAGCUACGUUCCCCAUUUUACAGAUGAUGAAAACAAAGUUCAGGGUAAUGAAAUCACUUGGUCAUUAUCACCCAGCAAAUAACAGACCUAGGAUCUUACCCAGAUAUAGCCUGUUUCAGAGCUGGUGCUUUUAGAAGACAAGGGUUUUUAAAUUGAAAAAGUAAUACAUAUGUAGGAUCCACUAUUCAAAUAGCCUGCAAAUGCAACUUUUUUGAACAGUUUGUGUAUUCUUCCAGAAAUUUUCUAUGUGUAAAAAUUAUUCAUGAAUGUCAGUGUCCUUUACAUGCAGUUCUGUACCUUGCUUUUUUCCUGAGUAUAUUUCAAAUUGUUUACAUGUCAGUACAUGAAGACUGCCUCAUCUUUUUUACAGCUGCUGCAUAGUAGUUAUUUAAUUAGCUCUACGGAUGAGCAGUUAAGAGUGUUUUCAGGUUUCUGCUAUUCUAGUCGAGGCUGCAAUGCCAAACCUUUUUGGUUGUCUUUUUGCCCGUCUCUCUGAGACUUGGGUUUGGGUCUUGGCCACUCCGCCGUCCUCCUUUCCACUGUUUCUCCAAUCAGCCCACUUUCCCACCUCCAUUGCUCCUGACUCCCUACUAGGCCACUUCUCUAUUCUCUGAACUCCUCAAUUUCUUUCUGACUCAUCUAAUCCCAGAGGGAUCAAAUCACUUCUUAAUAACAUGUCUUUUCGUGGGCAGAGGAUAUGUUGAGUUUAUUUGCAUACUCAAAAAGAUCAUUAUGUUCUAAAAGUUGAAGAGGCAGGGGAACAACAUUGGAUGCGUUAUCAUCAUCAAUACGGGGAAUGAGCGCAAAGGCGUGGAGGUGUGACUUUCUGUAGGAAUGAAAAUGGGAGACGACAAUCCAAUGCUACAUCGCCUCUCCCUAGGAACCACUAACAUAUCCGGACUCUCACCUUCAAAACGCACUGGAACUCUGCUCAGAGAGUAUCUUUUGCAAGCCGGGGGCCAAGAUGCAUUCUGGGGCUUGUAGUUUUCUUCAGAGGCCGGAAAUUCGCAAGUGACGGUCACCACCGGCUCCCACCACAAGAUGUCGCCCUUCGGCGAGUACGGUGGGCUUUAUGCCCUGCUCCGGAAGACUCUUAAUAGACAUACAAUCACGAGUUAAGAACGGGAGGUUGUAGAUUGACAGAUACAGUUCUCAAUCAGAGUCAAA